CCACCACGACCACCUUAGCACCACCAGUCCACCACCAUGGGAGUCAGCAACAGAAUCACAGCAGGCCUCAACUUCACGGCCCUCCUCUGCUCCAUCCCCAUAAUGGCCGCCGGCAUCUGGCUGGCCUCGAAGCCCGACAACGAGUGCAUCCACUCUUUCCGGUGGCCGGUCUUUGUCCUCGGCGUCCUCAUCCUCCUAGUCUGCCUCGCCGGAUUCAUCGGCGCUUACUUCAACAAACAGGGCCUUCUUGCUCUCUACCUCUUCUGUAUGGCCGCCCUCAUAAUCCUCCUACUCAUUCUACUUAUCUUUGCGUUUACUGUUACAAGGCCUGACGGAAGCUACGGCGUUCCGGGCAGGGCUUACCGGGAGUAUCGGCUGGACGGAUAUUCUAAGUGGCUUAGAGAUUACGUUACAGAUUCAGGGACUUGGCAGAAGAUAAGGGUCUGUUUAGCUGAUUCCGAUACUUGUCCGAAGCUCACUCAGAACUACAUCACUGCUGAUCAGUUCUUUGCGGCUCACAUCUCUCCUCUUCAGGCAAGAUGUUGUAAACCUCCAACAGCUUGUGGCUACAGCUAUGUGAACCCAAAUCUGUGGAUAAACCCAGCAACCCCUUCAGCAGACCAAGACUGCUUGCUAUGGAACAAUGACCAAAACAUACUUUGCUACAAUUGCAACUCUUGCAGAGCUGGUUUACUUGGAAACUUGAGAAAAGAGUGGAGAAGAGCCAAUGUGAUCCUCAUCGUGGCGGUGGUUAUUCUCAUCUGUGUCUACGUCGUUGCCUGCAGCGCAUUCAAGAAUGCGCAAACAGAGGAGCUUUUCCGCCGUAACAAGUAGGGAUGGGUGUAAACUUCAGUCAUGUUGCCAAACACAGCUCAAGUAUGGGUUCCCUAGGUCUAAUCUAAGGGCCUUAUCGUUUUGGUGAUAAAUCUGUCUUUGUCAUCAUUAGCAUUUUGUAGUGUACAUAUUGCUUUGUUCCUUAUUUUUUCUAUCUAAUGGACAAAGUGUAAUGGAAUCUCAUUCCUAAGACUUUUUUCUACUAGUACUGGUGAUCCGGUAUCAGAUGCUUCUGCAUCCGUGGUACUAGUGGCUUCUUGGACUAAUAUACUGUUCGAGUAUUAUAUUUU